UAAGGACAGCUCGCAAAUUAAAAACACAAUCCGAUCUCAAGGAUCUCGGCCUUCGCACUUCGAUCAAUCGAUUCAAUCCCCCUCGAAAUCCAUUGAAUUUGUAUCCUUCUCCGUGAUUUGGUUUUCUUUGGAUUGGAUUCAUGGAGCAGAGGUAGAGGAGGACUAGUGAAGGAGAUCGAGAUUUGGGGAAGAUGGAAGGCCCGUCGGCGCCGGCUCUCCGACGGGAUCCGUAUGAAGUGCUGAGUGUUUCGAGGGAUUCAUCUGACCAGGAGAUCAAGACUGCUUAUCGGAAGCUGGCUCUCAAGUACCACCCUGACAAAAAUGUCAGCAAUCCUGAAGCUUCAGAGCUUUUCAAGGAAGUUGCAUAUUCAUAUAGCGUCUUAUCUGAUCCAGAGAAAAGAAGACAAUAUGACACUGCUGGUUUUGAGGCUUUGGAAAAUGAUGGCAUGGAUAUGGAGAUUGACUUAUCCAACCUUGGAACUGUUAACACAAUGUUUGCAGCACUGUUCAGCAAACUAGGUGUUCCUAUUAAAACAACCAUUUCAGCAAGUGUUCUUGAAGAGGCUUUAAAUGGAACAGUCACAGUUAGGCCUCUUCCUCUUGGGACAUCAGUCAGUGGAAAGGUUGAUAAGCAGUGCGCUCAUUUUUUUGGUGUAACAAUUAAUGAGCAACAAGCUCAGGCCGGAAUAGUGGUCAGGGCUAUAUCAUCUUCGCAUAGUAAAUUCAAGCUUCUUUACUUUGAACAAGAAGCAACUGGAGGUUAUGGAUUAGCCUUGCAGGAAGAUAGUGAGAAGACUGGCAAGGUGACCUCUGCUGGAAUGUAUUUUUUGCAUUUUCAAGUUUACAGAAUGGAUUCGACAGUGAACGCGUUAGCUAUGGCCAAAGACCCCGAUGCAGCUUUCUUCAAAAGAUUGGAAGGUCUCCAACCCUGUGAAGUUUCUGAAUUGAAGCCUGGCACUCAUAUUUUUGCUGUUUAUGGUGAUAACUUUUUUAAGCCUGCUGGGUAUACGAUCGAAGCUAUGUGUGCAAGGCCAUUUGAAGAUAUAACUGAGAAACUCAAGGAGAUCGAGAGCCAAAUUCUUAAAAAGAGGAAUGAUCUUCGCCAAUUCGAAACAGAAUACAGAAAAGCAUUGGCACGGUUUCAGGAAGUCACAAACAGAUACACCCAAGAAAAACAAGCUGUAGACGACUUGCUAAAACAUCGAGACAGUAUCCAUUCCUCAUUUACCACUGUAAGAACUAUCACUAAUUCCGGAGGCAGCACCAGCGGCAGCAGCAAAGCUCCUGACGACGAAGCUAGUAUUGGAAGCCCAAGAGAAGAUAAAACCCCGGACGGCCGGGAUAAAUCUUUCAAGAAGAAAUGGUUUAACCUCAAUCUAAGCAAGAAGGCCUGACAGGUACCAAAUAAAAAGAAAUUAUAAAAAUAGAAUGACGAUGAAAUGAGGAUCAUUGCGAAGUUUUUACUUUCUAGUAUCACACUUCAUUAGUUAAUUUCCGGGCGGUAAUCCAGAAAAUUCAACUAGUCUUCUGUUCAAAAUGUAAAUCAGUUAAAGGCUUCAACCUCCAUUUCAGAGAGUGAAAAAGAAGGGUUCAACCACAUUCAUACAUAAAUAUUUUUAUUGUAUCAUUGGAGAGGUAUUUUUCCUUAUUUAUGGUGGCUGAUACCUGAAUGAGCCCUGAAGAAAAAAAAAAAAUCUCAA